AUGCGACGAAAGUGUUUGUGUGGCAGUGUCGCGCCAACAGUGGCUGUGAACGCGCUGCUGUGUGGACUGCUCCCCACAGUGCUAGCGGCGGUGCUGCUGACAACAACGCCCGCGCAUGCUGUGGAGGCACAACCCGCAGUGCUGUGGCGGUUUGAUCGAGAAACGCCGGAAGUGGCAUGGGAUUCGCUGGGGAACAAGCAGGCGGCCAUUCGUCCGCCCGCGAAGAAAGUGUUGGAGGACGCGGUACAGGCAGAUGAGUGGCCUGGACGUGUGCUUCAGUGCAAUGGUCAAGAUGGCUACGCCGAGGCCCUGUACGACACCCACACGGAGUUCCAGACCAGAUCCCUGUGGAUCAAGAUGGAGGACACGAGACAAACGGCCUCGCUGCUCUCGCUCACGUCCCAGGACGAUGACACGCACGUGAGCGAACUGCGCCUUGUCCAGGGCCAACUGCAGCUGCACAUCUUCAACCGCGCCGGCACAUACGUCAUCAUCGCGCCAGAGCAGGACGUCAGCUUCUCCGCAAACGAGUGGCACCAUGUGGCCGCUGUGCUCAACAGCACGGACGGCACCCUUUUCCUCGAUGGGCGCGUCGUCGCCAAAACGGCGCUGCCCUCCGUGAAGCUCAACGUUGACACGCUGAUCAUGUGUCGCCGCUUUACAAAAGACUCGGCUGCCGAACAAAGCGGCAUCUCUGCCCUUCCAUUCACCGGCUACAUCAACGACGUCUUCUUCUCCCCAUCCGCCCUCACACCCGCCCAGAUUGUCGCCCUUGGGGAGCCCGCGCCGGUGACGACGGCAGCACCGACCACGUCCACAACAUGGGCCGGCACCCAGCAGCCACUGCACGUGUGGACAUUCGACAACGUGGAGCAGGACCUUGUGCGAGACCAGGGGAUGUUGUAUGCAACGGGGCUUGUGCAGAACGCUGUUCCGGACAGCAACGUCGUGCGCCGCGGUGCAGGCUCGCUGCUGUUUCCAUCUGGUGUACAGAGCCACGUGGAGAUGGUUGACGUCAUGCUGGUCCGCCCCUUCACCCUCACGGCGUGGGUACGCAUCCGCAGCGACGCCCCCAUGCUCAUGGUUGCCCUGAGCGUGCUCUCGGAGGACAAGUCGCAGCUGUUUGAGAUCCGUGUCAUAUCCGGUGUUGCGCAGGCGCAGCUGACCACAUCAGCAGGCACAACCCCGCUCCUCCCAAGCAGCGGAGACGGCGUGCUUGUGCCCGAGCGGUGGCACCAUGUUGCCGUGCGCUUCAGCAUCAACCGCGCUGAGCUGCUCUUUGACGGGCACGUGAUUGCCAGCAUGGAGGCGACCCCUGCCCUGCACCCGCAGUGGUCGCUUGACAUUGGCCGGCGCAUGCUCGACACGCCCAUCUACCACUUUGAGGGCUGGAUUGACGAUGUGGCCAUUGCCAACGACGCUGUCCCAGACGCCGCCAUCAUCCACGAAUACACGGCACUUGUUGGGUAUGAGCUGACACAGCGCGUGAGCGGUCUGCCAAACAUGACGCAGCUCGCAGAGCUGUCGGCGUCAAACGCGCUCGUGUUCGUUGUGGAAGCCGGAUCCGAGCGCCAGUGCGCACGCGAAUGUGACGCCAACCCAAACUGCCGCGUGCUGCUGCUGUUUGCUGGGGAUGGACAGGCUGUAUCGCUCGCUCAAAACGACGACCACAACAACAACAACAACAACAACUACUACUACUACUACUACUACAACUACUACUACUACAACUACAACUACAACUACAACAAUUACAACAACAACAACUACAACAACCACCACUACUACUACUACUACUACUACUACUACUACUACUACUACUACUACUACUACUACUACUACUACUACUACUACUACUACUACUACUACUACUACUACUACUACUACUACUACUACUACUACUACUACUACUACUACUACUACUACUACUACUACUACUACUACUACUACUACUACUAG